UGAGUUCGUUCGCUCCAUCAUUGGCUAGUUGUUUCAUCGAUAUCACUUCUAUGCCUCUCAUCCGCAAAAUCAAUUGGAAAGAGCAAGUGCCAGUCAUUCAGUAAAAUCUCUUUCAACAACCAAAAAGAUGACCAUACCAGAUUUCAUUUGUUACAGAAGAAAUAACUUAAUUCAGCUUUUAGAGCACAGGAAGGCAAAAAGAAAAUGGCAAUGGCAAUGGCGCUUCGCAGGCUUUGAUCUUCUUUCAACAAAUCUAUUUGUCCUCUUUUCAGUGGCUCCAGUCUCUGUUACAUGUCAUCUUUGCCAAGUGAAGCUGUCUACGAGAAAGAGAAAGUGGUGUCACCUGGCCAAAACAACUGAACGCUCCACUGGAGGUUGUUGAUCCCGAGAUUGCUGACAUCAUCGAACUAAAAAAAACCAGACAAUGGAAGGGACUUGAACUCAUUCCUUCAGAAAACUUCACUUCAGUAUCAGUUAUGCAAGCUGUUGGUUCAGUCAUGACCAACAAGUACAGUGAAGGAUAUCCUGGUGCACGGUACUAUGGAGGAAACGAGUAUAUUGAUGUGGCGGAAUCCUUACGCCAAAAACGAGCUUUGGAAGCAUUUCGGUUGGAUCCCACAAAGUGGGGAGUGAAUGUGCAGUCCGUCUCUGGUUCUGCCGCUAAUUUUCAAGUCUACACUGCAUUGUUAAAACCCCACGAAGGAUCAUGGCACUUGAUCUUCCUCAUGGUGGACAUCUAUCAUAUCAUAUGGCUAUCAGUGAAGCACAUUAAAGUCGCCUGAGUUGACAUCAUCAGAUAUCUCAACACUAUGUUCUUCCAGAUACAUUUCUAACUCAGACUUCAUGGUUUCUUCUGAGUAUGUUUUCUCUUUAUGAUCCUUUAAAUAUAGCCAACUAUAUUUAGGACCAUAAUGUCUACUCUCUGAAUAUCGAAAGCUUGAUGAUUUACCUACAAAUUAAAUGUUAAAACCUAUGAUAUGUUAUAAAGUUUCAUUUAAUGACAAUAAUCUAAUGUACCUAAUGUAUUUGAUGGUGCUUGUUGGGUCCUUAGCUGAUGUUGUGAAUGUGCAAAUACAGUUGAUGAAUUUUUUGAUGAUAACAUGUCAACGUUUUCUUUGUAUAAUUUUUCUAACAUUCUUUUGAUAUAUUCUAUCUCCACAGGGGCAUUUUCUUUACCAUAUAAAAUGGAAAAUGUCAAAGUAAUUCUAAGAAACUUUAUCCUGAAAUCAUCAUAAGCCAAACUAAUUAGUUAGAAACAUGUUCUUUAUAUACAUAUAUAUUAUAAUAAACCCAAUCAAUUGUAAAUUAAUUACCUGAGAUCUAUGAUGCUAGCAAUCGCCAUAAGUAAAUUCAUGCUUUGCUUGAUAAGCCCUAAUACAAUCAACUUUUACUUGUUUCCUUCUAACUUUUUCAUAAAGAGGUUGCAGAACGUGACAAAAAUUAAUGAAGUUGGGGUGCUUAACUAUAUUAAACGACAAUUCAGAUAUCAUAACCAAGUGAGUUAAGACCUCUUGAAUCUGAAACACCAACACCAUAAUCAUUGCAUUAGUUAAUACAAUUAAUUUCAUAACAAUUUCAUAGUAACAAUAAACGUUCUUAAUUGAACUCAAAAUAACCUUGGGAUGCUCAUAAUUCGUCUUUGUUUUCACCACAGUUGGAGUAGGUAACCCUAAGGGUGAACGCUCAAAACUUAAGAUAGUUUGUACCCCCACGACUAAGUCUUUCCCCAUUGCUUUCUUCCUUUCAACACAUUGACCCAUAUGUGGUGUCAAAUGGGGAGUAGCCUUGGUCUUUUGCAAUUUCAUCUUUUCUGGCAGUACUUGCAUACCGCAUAUGUAGCAUCUCCAAUAAUAACAAACAUAUCUUUUGAAAAAUACUCCAAAAAAAUUGAUGUUUUCCUCCAUUUAUUAGAUGAAAUAAUAGAAUGUGGUGCUUCUGUUUGUCUUUUAGUACAUUUAGUUGCUUCGACUUCUUUACUUGAAGUUGAGACAUCAAAAUCUCCUAUUGUAGCCAAAUCAAUAUCCACAUUAUCAACUCCAACCAUUUAAGAAAGUAUAGGUACUUCAAUUUGUACUGAUUUUCUCUUAAUGGAUGCACAUACAGAAGGAGUCAUCGUGUUAGCAGUAGAUGCUUGCGAUGAAACUCGACUUGCUCUAUAUGGUUCUACUCUUCUUGACCUCAUAUUCUACAUCACAAUCACAUUUAAACGGUUCGUUGUAAAUGUAAUUAAAAUAUAUAUAGAAUAUAGAAAUUACAACAACGAAGGAAAAAUAGUAAAAAUAUAACUUGGACAGUUAAAAGAAAAAUAAUAAAACAAAAAGUCCUAUCAGGUAUUUUUAACUAUUAUCAUUAUUUUUAAAUCAAAAAGUAUUUUCAUAUCAGUUUUCUAUCUUUGAUCCCUUUGACUCCAUCCAUGCCUAAAACCUAACAUACAAGUCAAUGCUUCAGAUUUUUUUUCUUCCCUUAUAUUACUUUACUAAUCAAUGAACUAAACUCAGUCUUCUCGGCCUUGAAUUGAAUAUUUUAGAUUUCAAAUUGAUAUUAAAGAAACUCUUAUUUGAAUUAGACUCUAAGGGUUUCACUAGCAUGAUUUUUCUAUCAUGUGAAAAAUUUAUACUAAUUAACUUGGAAGUAAAUAAUGAAGUGUUAUAAUAGUUACUUGAUACAAUGAUUAUAGGAACAAUCAUUAUCCAAAGAUUUACAAAUUUGACAAAAUUGAACAAGAUUCCAAGAAAUUUAAAAAAAAAAAUCAAACCUUUUUAUUUAACCCCAUCACUACCCCAGUAUUACCCUCUAUGAUAAAAUUUGAUCAGAUUCCCAAUCAUUAAAAACAAAAAAAAAAUACUCUUAUCUAAACAAUACAAUUUCUUGUAAUUAUAACAAUUUCUGUUUUAAGUUCCUUAUUGCUCUCAGAUGGUUUUGUUUGGACUUUCUUUGCCUUGUGUACUAGUUAUGAAUUUUACGCAUAUAGACUUAUUCUGUCAAUAUCUAAAUUUUCUAUGCUCAGUUACAUAUUUUUGUUUGUUGAGGGAAUUCGGAAAUGUAUGUUAUCUAUUCUACAAUCAUGAUUAUAAAAUAUAUCUUUAGGCAAAAAAAAAAAAGAAUAUAUCUUUAGGUGAAUAUAAAAAAAGUCUUCUUAAAUGAUGUAUCAUGGAAGAUUUAAUCAAGAGUUGGGAUCAUCUUCAUAAUACUAAUGCCUCCAAGGGAGAAGAAAAAUCAGUUUUCACUUAUAUAUUCUGUUUGAUCGACAGAACACAUUGUUUCAUUUUUUUCAAAAUGAAUGAAAUCAUGCAAUGGAUUGUGAUGAUAAUUUUAAUGCAUUUUCUUUCUUUUGUAUCUGUAAAACUACUCUUCUAUUCAGUUUGAGUCACUAAAUUUACAUGCUCAUAUUAAUUAAGAUAAAACUCAAUUUCUUCUUUCAAUUGGUGAUCUCCUGAGACAGAAUAUUGGAUCUGUGAUUCCAGAUAAAAAUUUUAUGUAUGACCUCUCAACUUAUAUUUCAGAAUAUUGAUAUAAUUGACAAUUAGAUGCAAGACAAAAUAGAUUGAAAACCUGAAAAAACUAAGCACAUCACCAACAAAAAAAAAUUGAAUCAAACCAAUUUCAAAAUGCAAAGGCAUAAAACGAAAUCCACCAUAGCAAGCCAACAACACAAAUAAAGAAGUUUGAUAAAACCCUCAAUUCAGAAACCAUAAUUCCAAAGUUAGGGUUUAAUCAAUUUAAGGCAAAAAUUAACAAAUUAAAAGUGAAAAAAAAUGGAAAAACACAAACCUGAAAUAUAUUUGUGUCGUCGACAUUGUCGUCAUCGUCAAACCUCUCAACGUCGAAAUCUCGAUCACUGGACAAAUCUUUUAUUGGCACGUGAGAACACUUGAAUUGAACCGUUUCACCCUGAGAAAUCCCUGUCGAUGGACCGAGAAAAUAGGUUGGAACUUAAGAUUGAGGAAGGUUGUACUUUGGAACUGGAACUGGAGAGCAGUUGCACAUACUUGGAGGAGAGAUGCGCGACUAAAACAAAAACAAAAACAAAAACAAGUGAAUGAAGCAAUUAAAUUUCAUUCACUUUUCAUUUAACCAAAAACGACACCGCUUUUGGUUAAAUAAGACUUGGCUCGCGAGCCUAGUUGAACUGCUCGGCUUACAGUUCAGACUCAGGCUU